AUGAAUCCCCCAAAGCCAAGACUCAGUUGGGAGGAUGUAACCAGCCUUGAGUUCAUAUCAGAUAUCAUGAUCUUAUGGGGCCAUGAUGAUGUAUGUGAGAAACCAUGGGUGAAGCCCCUUCUCUGCAAGGCUGCCCAAGCUUGGCAUAAGCUUCAACAAGCCUGUGAAGAGAUUGACACUGUCAAACUUGAAGCUUGUUGGGUAUGGACCUUGAUGGAAAAUGAAGGAGGAUAUAUUUCCACUACUUCCCAAUACCACCUCAAUGUCAAUGUGCACCUACAUUCCAAACUUACCCAGCUGGAUAAGCUUGCACAUUUCUUAACUGGUGAUGGGGAAGGGAUGACAAGCGGACCACCAGCGAGCCCUGACACUUAUGGCAGCUGUCAUAUCCAUCUCCUGCCACCACCUCCAACCAUCCCUGGUUGCCUCUGCUCCACCAUUCCCAACCUUGGAGCCCCCAAAUCCCAUAAUCCCCUCUGA